CGGCCGGAGAGCGAGCUCCACAACUCCAGUAAAUCUAGCAGCCAAGCGCCACCACUACAGAUGAAGUGUGGCACAGCAUAUAUAUAUAAAGGUAAAGAGGUAGCGAGAGUGACGGACAAAGAAAGAAAUAAAGAAAUCAAAGCCUACGAGAGCGAGGCAGGGAUGGGCCGGACGAGGGACAUGCUGUGCGGUGCAGCGGUUGCAUCCUCUGCCUUGUCAUCUUCUCCAGCCUCGGGCGGCCGUCGUCGCCGCUCGCCGCCACCGCUUCUUCCCUUGGUGGCGGCGUUGCUCAUCAUCUCAACCAGCAGCAGCCUCGUCUGGUGUGCGGCGGCGGCGGCGGCGAAGGGCGGGGCGGGCCGGAAUGUGAUCACGCACAUCAAGGGCUUCGAGGGCCCGCUGCCCUUCCACCUCGAGACAGGGUACGUGGAGGUGGACGAGGAGCACGGCGCGCGGCUCUUCUACUACUUCAUCGCGUCGGAGAGGAACCCGGCGGAGGACCCGCUCAUCCUCUGGAUCACCGGCGGCCCCGGAUGCUCCGCCCUCUCCGGCCUCCUCUUCGAGAUCGGCCCUCUCAAGUUCGAUGUGGCGGGGUACACUGAAGGUUUCCCGCGCCUCGUCUACUUCGAGGAUUCAUGGACCAAGGUGAGCAACGUCAUCUUCCUGGACGCGCCGGUGGGCACGGGCUUCUCCUACUCGCGGGAGGAGGCCGGCCUCAACGUCAGCCUCACGGGAUCUGGGCGGCAGCACCACACCUUCCUCCGCAAGUGGCUGGCCGAGCACCCGGAGUUCGCGUCCAACCCGCUCUACAUCGGCGGCGACUCCUACUCCGGCUACACCGUGCCCGUCACCGCGCUGGACAUCGCCACCCACAACGACGACCCCAAGCUGAACCUGGUGGGGUACCUGGUCGGCAACGCGGGGACGGACGACCGGUACGACUCGGGCGGCAAGGUGCCGUUCAUGCACGGCAUGGGGCUCAUCUCCGACGAGCUCUACGAGGCCGCCAAGGCCGGGUGCGGCGGCGACUUCUACCGGAGGCCAGACCCCGCCAACGCGCGGUGCGCCAGCGCGAUGAUGGCCAUCAACAUGGUGACCUUCGCCGUGAACCCGGUGCACAUCCUGGAGCCCUUCUGCGGCGCGGCGGUGCGCGGCCCCAGCAUCUUCCAGGGCUACGGCGGCGGCAGGCGGUCGAUGCUGGUGCAGGACGACGUCGGGCACCCGGGCUUCUUGGAGAAGAGUAGGCUGAACCUCCCCGUGGAGUGCAGGGACAACGGGUACCGGCUGUCCUAUAUCUGGGCGGACGACCCGGAGGUGAGGGAGACGCUGGGCAUCCACGAGGGGUCCAUUGGCUCCUGGAGCCGGUGCACGAUGCUGACGCACUUCACGCACGACCUCACCACCGUCAUCCCACACCAUGUCAACCUCACCAAGGCAGGAUACAAGGCGCUCGUCUACAACGGCGACCAUGACAUGGACAUGACCUUCGUGGGCUCCCAGGAGUGGAUCAGAUCGAUCGGCUACCCCAUCGUCAGCGACUGGAGGCCAUGGUUCGCCAACCGACAGGUCGCAGGGUUCACAAGGACUUACGCCCACAACCUCACUUUCGCCACUGUAAAGGGAGGAGGGCACACAGCUCCGGAGUACAGGCCCAAGGAGUGCCAGGCCAUGUUGGAUCGAUGGACCUCAGCAGCAGGGCAGCUGUGAAGAACUUAUUGGGGGGGGGGGGGGGGGGCUGAGAAUAUCAACAGAGUGUAUACUGCAGUGGACGUCCUUCCAUCUUGUUAUCAAAGAUGUAAUAAGAUUAAAACAGGCUCAAAUUCAUUGGGAAAGCGCGCGGUCAUAGGAGCAGCUUGUACUUAACUGAACAGGACGAGCUUAAUUAUCAGCUCAUUAUACUACUUGGAACCUUUUUGACCAAGAUACUGUUGUCCAAAUA